AUAACCAUGGCAACAGCAGCAGCAGCAGGAGAAGCGGUGGUAUAAACAUUGCAAAACGCGCAUCCAUCCGCAAACAGCGAUUUACUCCAGUAAAGGCUGGACCCCGAGCCCUGUGUGGAUAUUAGACUUCAUCACUGCUAAGGUGAUGAGUGGGAUUAUAUCAUGUCUGAAGUACAGGGAACACUGGAGUUUUCUGUAGAGCUACACAAGUUUCACAAUGUGGAUCUCUUUCAAAGGGGGUUCUAUCAGGUACGAGCAGGGCUGAAGGUCUCACCUCGGGUGCCCCACAGGUUGAUAGCGACAACACAAGACAACACAGGAGAAUGCAGCUUCAGCUCUGCGGGGGUUUACGACGGCACCGUGUUCAGCCGGAUAUUUCAGAUCCUUUACAGAAAUGAGGAGAUCGCUGUGAAUGACUGUAUGAUCUUCAAAGUCCACCUGCUACUGGACGGAGAAAGGGUGGAGGAAGCCUUGAGUGAGGUGGACUUUCAGUUGAAGCUGGACCUUCACUUCACUGACAAUGAACAACAGCUGGCAGAGAUAGCAACUGUCCCGUUGAUCAGCAGUCGUACCCUCAGCCUCCACUUCCACCCGCGGAGAGGCCUCCACCACCACGUCCCUGUCAUGUUUGACUACUUCCACCUGUCCGUCAUUUCUGUCUCCAUACAUGCCUCACUGGUUGCCUUACAUCAGCCGCUAAUCAGCUUUGCACGUACAGGGAAGGGCUCCUGGCUGGGAAAGGGCUCGCCAGAGAGCACAAGCGACCCAUCUGCCAUGUCUGUAGAGAACCUUGUGUUCGGAGCUGGCUACUGCAAGCCUGUCAUAUCUGAGGGGAGCUUUUAUGUGCCCAGUGAGAACUGCCUACAGAGAGCUCAUACAUGGCACCGAAGGCUCUGUCGCCUCCUGUUGGUGGCUCACAGAGGCCUGCACACCUACUACACCGCACUGAUGAAGGAAAUCCCACAGCUCCAGCAGACUCCACUGGACUCAGAGGUGCUGCCUGUAGAGGAAACUCUAAAUCAGCUCACAAUAGAAUUACAGCUGCAGGAGGGCCAUGAGAAGGUAGCAGAGCAGAUCAGCCGGGAUGUGAGCCAGCUCUGCUCCCAGCUGGCUGCUCUGUGGAGCCGCUUCCUGGAGGCCGCUGUGCUCAACCCCCACAUCCUCUCCUAUCUGGCCCAGGAGCACCACACGCUCAGGGUCAGGAGGUUCUCAGAGGCGUACUUCUUUACUGAACACCCCAAAGAGAUAUCUCUGACUUUUCAAGAGGAAUUAAUCAACAGACAUGGCCAGAUAGCUGCAGAAGUGCGGAGUUCAGACUACCUGAUCAAGAUGCCUCCUUUACCGGUUGAGUGCCUGGACAUUGAUGGAGACUGGAACAGCCUGCCCAUCAUCUUUGAGGAUAGAUAUGUGGAGUCUCCUCAAACAGGUGAUACAAAAGAGUGGGAUUCACAUGUGCCAGUGCCUGCAACUACUGAAAAGUGGACCAGCUCAGAUCCCGCCAUCACUCCUUCCAACAGGAUUCUUGAAAGUAGACGGGGAGCCAGAUCACCAGCAAUACCCUCGGAUCCCUUGGACAGUGAUGACUGCAUGGACCUGCCUACAUAUGUCUCCUUUAUAGCGGAGCAGAGUAAGACCCGCACGAACAUCAGACGUAUCCAGAGUCCCAUUCCUCCUGAGGACAGAGCUGAACUCUCUCAAACAGAGGCAGAAGACUUGAAGGAACCAGUGGAAAAACAAGACCAGGUUGGAGAGGACUGUAGUUCAGGCUUGAGGUACAUCACAGCUAAGACAUGUGAUGCGGAUCCAUAUAGAGAUGAAGCAGUCCUGGUUCACUCCUCACACCACAAUACCCUCACUGACUCUACCAACAGCACUGAUGAGUCUCCUGCUCAUCAUGUAACAGAAAAUACCAUCCAACUUUGUGAUGCCACAAACGAGAGCAAUGCAAGAGAGAGUGAAAACAAUGAAGAGGAGUCUGACAUUGCAAUGCCAUUAAAUCACUCCAUGGAUGAUGAGAGUGAGGAUGUUCCUCUCAUAAGCCUACCCACAGCCUAUGCACACCCCGUUAUAUCUCCCUUUCCCGGUGAUCUCAAAAAAGAGAUGACUCACCGUGGAGGCCUGGUGGGCUCCAAAAUCAUGAAGCGCUCGUCCUCUGUCAUUUCCGACUCAGGUAUCGAGAGUGAGCCCAGCUCAGUAGCAUGGCCUGUGGAGGCCGCGCUGCGUGGUCGACCUCCACUUGACUUUUCCAGUGAACGGGAGCUGCCACGGCAAAUAGUGUGCCGCCACCCAGUCCACCGCAGCUCUCUAGAAGGCCUGCAGAUGGAGAGUAAUGGCAGCCUUCCAAGUGGAGGUAUACAGGCCUCACUCACCUCUAUUAGCUCCCUCCCCUAUGAGGAGGACCAGCAACAGAGGCAGCUCAGCAAACUGACUAAGUCAGUCUCAGCGCCACAGAUAAGUAGCCCAGAAGACACUGAAGAAGACCAUAUGCUGCUCAACCAGGAAACAGAUACUAAGGGCUUAGUGCAACACCAGGAUUCAUGUAAGAUUAACUGUUCUUCUUUGAUCAGCAACCUGGAUUCAGAGCAAUCUGAAUCAUCUCUAUUAGACACAAGUUCAAUGACAAAUCUUGGCCAUAUUCUCAAGGAGAGUAUUAGCCCUGAAAAGUCAAACAUUUCGCAGUACCUGUCAGAGACAUACAGACCCAAGACAGUGUUAAGUGGUGUGUCUGAAGUGUUGUGUCUACAAGAGUCUGUUGAAAGCCCUCAUGUGAAGGAAAGUACUGUUAUUGGCAGCUAUGGGGAGAAUAUUAAACAUCAAACACACAUCAGUGGAGUGAGUGCCUCAGUGGAGGAUGUGCAUCUCAUUGAGUCGGAAGCAGUGCCCUGCAGCUGUGGAAACAAACCAUGUGUGCAUAAAAGUGCAGCAGAUCAGGAGAGAAUUAACACUGGAGAUGAGUGCCACCAUUUCCAUCAGACUGAACUGCUCGGUGUUGAGGACCUGGAGGGUCUGGAUCCCUCCCAAACACCUCUAGAGCCUUCAGGUCUUCAAUUCUCCCACGACCUUCCCAACAGUACCACCACCACACAGAGGCCAAAUGACCUUACAGGACUGACAGCCAGUGAUAUCAUAACAUCUUCUGACCUUAAUGGGAUAUCAUCCAGUGAGAAAGAGCCUUUAGAAUGCCAGGCUAAGUCCGCUAAGAUUCCCAACUCAGGGCUGGCCUUUGUGAAUAAGAAGAUGGUGGAGGUGGUGAACAUGUCAGUGUCCUGUGCCCCAACUUGUCUGCCAUUUUCUUCUGUUCUGAGAGACUCUCCGUCCAUCAGUGGAAUGUCCACUCGCCAGGCUACCUCACCUAUCACCCAUCAGCCCCUGGGCUCCUUUGGUAUCAUCUCCUCAUCCUCUCUCAAUCCCCUUAACAUGGAUGAGGAGACCAAUGAACGAAUGCUAAAUUUCUACAAAGCCAAAGAGGAGCUGUUCAAAGAGUUGAGCUUUCAGGCCAACUUGUACAGUGACCUCCCUCUCCUGGCAUCAGAUCUGCCCUACUUCCCCCCUGAGGAGGACGAUGAGGAGUUUGAUGACGGCAUACACCUUGUAGUGUGUGUCCAUGGGCUUGAUGGAAACAGUGCAGAUCUUCGGCUGGUGAAAACUUUUAUUGAGUUAGGGCUGCCAGGAUCCAGGCUCGACUUCCUCAUGUCUGAGAGGAACCAGACUGACACGUUUGCAGAUUUCGACACCAUGACAGACAGGCUGCUGGAUGAGAUCAUUCAGCAUAUCCAACUGUACAAUCUCACCAUAGGCAGGAUAAGCUUCAUCGGCCACUCUCUGGGGAACGUCAUCAUCCGCUCAGUGCUGACGAGGCCCCGCUUCCGCUGCUAUUUGCCCAAACUGCACACUUUCCUCUCGCUGUCGGGCCCACACUUGGGAACGCUCUACAACAACAGCACAUUGGUCAGCACAGGUCUGUGGUUAAUGCAGAAGCUGAAGAAAUCAGGAUCCUUGCUGCAGCUCACCUUCAGAGAUCAUGUUGAUCCACGGAAAACAUUCCUCUAUCUCCUGAGUCAGAAACCAGGGCUCCAGUUCUUCAAGAACGUGGUGUUGGUGGCGUCGCCACAGGACCGCUAUGUUCCCUUCCACUCUGCUAGAAUAGAGAUGUGCAAAACUGCUCUCAAAGACAGAACCACAGGGCCUGUGUACACUGAGAUGAUCAACAACCUCCUGCAGCCACUUGUGGAGGCUAAAGAGUGCCGGCUGAUCCGCCAGAAUGUGUUCCAUGCUCUGCCCAACACAGCCAACACCCUGAUUGGCCGUGCCGCCCACAUUGCUGUCUUGGACUCUGAGCUUUUCCUGGAGAAGUUCUUCUUAGUGGCAGGACUCAACUACUUCAAAUAAAGGUGCUAGUACUGCAGGCCGACAGGACAGAACCUGUUGGUGGCUGACGGAGCUGAAUUGGAGGAAAACAUACCUUCACCAUGUACAGUAUAUGUAAUGUAUAUAACCCCUGGUAUCCAAGAGGCAAGACCUGUAUAUCCCAUUGGUUAGGAUUGUUAGCAGCUGUUAAAAAGAUCAGUGUAUUGUGACUGUUUAACUUGCUGACUCAGAAGUUUGAGUUUGACGUGUAGCCAUGCAAAACAAAACACCUGACAUCUAUCACUGGACUGAUUGUAGAUGUUUUGUUGGCCUUAUGAAUAACCUCUCAGCCAGCACACUAACAGAUGCUAAUUGUGGUCUAAAGCAUUUAACUACUAUCCCUUUAGAGCUGGUUUAGAGCAUUUAGCAUCACUGGUUGAUUGAAUUCUUCUUUAAGGGUUACAUUGUUGAUAGUCUUGCACAAUCCUUAGAAGCGAGGCAACAGAUGUGCAGCAUUUAUCCCCCUUGAUUGUACAUUACAUUGUACAAGUAUUUUGUUGUACAAAACAUUGAUGUUCCUUUAUACAGAAAUUAGUAUAUUGUUUAAAAUUAUUUAUUUUUUAUCUGCUUAUGUACCUACAGUGUAAGUAGUCCAUCUAAAUGUGAUCCUUUGUGUGUUGUUAUCAUCAAAUCCAUAAAAAUGAAAUUAACAUGUUCAUAAUACAAUGCAGGUGGAAGUGUUACAUUAUGUAGCCUAUAAUUCAGUAUAUUGGAUACUGUAAGAGCCAGCUUUUUCAUACAUUAUUUCAUCAGUUUAUUAAUGUUUAAUUGCACAUUAGUUCAACCUAACUCAUUGACCCUGAUUAAGCAUUAAGCUAUAUUAUAUUACAGUAUCUUUGAUACUAAAUGACUCUGCCUG